CUUUCCAUAGUCAGAAUUCAUGGUGUUUUACCUGCAGUGCCCGUGCCCGGAACAGAAACUUCGUAAUGGACUGGGCUCGCACGGCCUGUAGCGUCACUGUGGCGCCUCGAUUACGUGGGUCCGUGCUCUCCAGCCACCGAGCACGUGAAUGCUAUUCUGCUAUUGUCCUAGCGCCAAUCAAACGGUCGUCAUCCCUGCAGCUGCUGUGGUUGACUUCGCCGCGCGCCACGAGGCGGCUCUCAGCUCAGAGCUCGAUCUUCCAUAAAAGUUGCCUUUGUCCUCGUACCCCAACCGACUUUUCUUCUUCUUGACACCAACUGCCGAUUCCUCACUGCGCUCAUCCUGAACGACCACCAUUCGCGCACAUCGAUGCUCUGAGAUUUGCGUCAUCGUCGAAACCACGUAGUCGAAAUGACAUCAAAGACCCCCUUUCAAUUCGCGGAUGAUUCCGGCUCGGAAGACGACAAUUUCAACCCCGCGCCUGCCGAUCUGACAGACGAUGAGACCACGAAGAGCGACCGCCGCGGAAGCGAAAGCGGCAUUGCCGCUGACAAUGAUGACAAUGACGAGGUCAAAGACGAGGAGCGCCCUUCUAAGAGCGCAUCUAAAAAGCGGCGUCGCGAUGACGAUGAUGAUGAGGAGAAUGAGAACGGUGAUGAGGAGGAGCAAGAAGAGAAGGGUGAGGAAGAAGAAGAAGGUGGCGGCGAUGUAGAUGGUGAUGAGGAGGAGGAAGAAGAUGACGACGAUGAAGAUGUCCAUCGUCACCGCCGCAAGCGACGUAAGGAUUUCCGCUCAGCUUUCUUCGAUAUCGAAGCCGAAGUCGAGGACGAAGACGAGGCCGAAGAGGACGAGAAAGACGGCGAAGAAAUUGAAGAUUUCAUCGACAAUGCCGAGGCCGAUGAUAUCGCCGAGGGUGGCCACAUCAAUGAUGACAGGAGACAUCGCGAGCUGGAUCGGCGCCGCGAGCUCGAGGCGAGCAUGGAUGCAGAGAAGCAGGCCCAGAUUUUGCGGGAGCGCUACGGCAAACGGGCUUCUAACAGGGCCUAUGACGAAAUGGCCGUCGUUCCCAAGCGGCUACUUCUGCCUAGUGUCGACGAUCCCAGCAUCUGGGCUGUUAGAUGCAAAGAGGGCAAGGAGCGGGAAGUCGUCUUCUCCAUCAUGCGGCGCGUCGAAGAGAGAGCUGGUUCUAAGAACGAGGUUCCUAUCACUGCCGCGUUCGAGCGUGCUGGGCCCAACUCGGUCAUGAAGGGCUAUAUCUACGUCGAGGCCCGCCGGCAAGCCGACAUUCUUGUGGCGCUAGACGGAAUGUUGAACGUUUACCCCCGGAGCAAGAUGAUGCUCGUCGAGAUCAAGGACAUGCCGGACCUCUUGCGGGUGAUCAAGACCCCAAGCUUGGAACCUGGCGCUUGGGUGCGGUUGAAGAAGCCGGCCAAGUAUGCCGGCGAUCUUGCCCAGGUCCUCGACGUUACGGAAAACGGCCUAGAAGCGCGCGUGCGCUUCAUUCCCAGACUGGACUACGGCGUCCGUGACGAAUCGCUUUCGACGUCUGCGGCGGAUGGAAAACGUAAGCGCCCCGGCAUGCCAGGUCCGCGGCCCCCUCAACGACUCUUCAGCGAAGUCGAGGCACGGAAGCGACAUCCCCGCUACAUCCAGGGCAACCCACAGACCAAUACCUGGACGUAUAUGGGUGAGGAUUUCGAGAAUGGCUUUCAGGUCAAGGAUAUCCUGAUUUCGCAGCUGGAGGUCAAGGAUGUCAACCCGACUCUGGAAGAGGUCACAAAGUUUGCCAGUGGCUCCGAGGACGGCACUGAGAACCUCGACCUCAAGGCUCUUGCCGCCAGUUUGAAAGACAGCAACGUGACCUACGCCGCCGGCGAUAUUAUCGAGGUGUUCGAGGGCGAACAACAGGGUGUCGUUGGCAAGGCGCUCAGUGUGCAAGGGGACAUCAUCACGCUGGAGGUGACCGAAGGCGACUUGGCUGGCCGGAAGAUCGAGGUGCCUAACAAGGGUAUCCGUAAGCGGUUCAAGACGGGUGACCACGUCCGGGUCAUUGGCGGCAGCCGUUUCCGCGACGAAGUCGGUAUGGUCGUCAAUAUUGUGGAGGACCGCGUCACUAUCGUGACAGAUCAGACGAGCCAGGAAGUAACCGUGUUCAGCAAGGACCUGCGCGAGGCCAGCGACAUUGGCGGUCAGGGAUCCCUUGGGCAGUACUCGCUACUCGACCUCGUGCAACUUGACCCCACCACUGUCGGUUGCAUCGUCAAGGUGGACCGCGAGUCGAUGGUCGUUUUGGACCAGAAUGGCGAAACUAGACAGGUGUUGCCGUCGCAGAUCACCAACAAAUUGCCGAAGCGAAGGGCUGCCGUCGCUGCCGAUCGAAACGGCUCCGAGAUACGGCUGGAUGACGUCGUCCGUGAAUACGGCGGACAACAACGGCAGGGCAAGAUCAUCCAUAUUCAUCGAGCCUUCGUGUUCCUCCACAGCAACACGACCGUUGAGAACGCCGGUGUGUUCGUCACAAGGGCCAGCAGUGUCAACACAAUCGCGGCGAAGGGUGGCCGCAUCAACAACGCAAAUUCUGGUCCCGACCUAAGCACGAUGAACCCGGCCCUCAAGCGGAACCCGGCGGGUAACAACGUCAUGAAGCCGCCCAAGACCUUCGGGCCCGAUCGCGCUGUUCACCAGACCGUCAGCAUCCGGAGAGGCGGCUAUAAGGGUCUUCUCGGCAUCGUCGUGGAUACUACCGACACGCAUGCUCGCGUGGAGCUUCACAGCAGAAAGGGCAUCGUCACCGUUCCUAAGGCCGACCUUAUAUUCAGGGACAAGGUCACGGGGAAGCCGAUUGACAUCUACAGUCGCUCUGGGCGUGGUGGCUUUAGUGGCUCUGGACGGGGCGGACUCAACGGAUCGGUGGGAUGGUCGGGAGGGAGCAGGACGCCCAUGGGCGCGGGAAGCGGAGAGCGGACUCCAGCUUGGGGCUCUUCGAAGACCACUGCGCGCACACCGGCCUGGGGCCGUGGCGAGACAUCCGGCUCACGCACCCCCGCAUGGGGCGACGGCUCCCGUACCGUCAACCCCUACGACGGCAACCGCACUGCAUAUGGAGGCGCCACAGCCUACGGCGGCUCUCGUACACCUGCCUGGUCCUCCAGCGCCAAGACGCCCGCGCACGACGGCUUCGGCCACGGAUCCAAGACGCCUGCCUACGGCUCAGGAAGCAGCGACCCCUGGGGUUCCAAGACUCCUGCCUACGGCGUCUCAGCCCCAACUCCCGGUGCCAGCGGAGCCGACAGCUGGGGCUACACGCCCGGUGCGAGCGGCGGAUCCCGCCCCUUCGAUGCGCCGACCCCCGGUGCCGGUCUUGGUGCGCCGACGCCUGCGGCCCUCAGUGCCCCGACCCCCGGCGCGUACGCGGCGCCUUCACCUGCCCCGGUUAGUGCCCCGACGCCUGGUGCUUGGCAGGGUGGCUGGGGUGCCGAUGCCGCGCCUACUCCUGCUGUUGGGGCCCCGACGCCGGCCGCUAGCGGCGGUUACUACGGUGCGCCGACACCCGCUGCGUAUGGCGGCGCUCCGGAGACACCCGCUGCGACGGGGGCUAUCCAGUAUGCCGAGGACGAUUGAGCGUCCAUAAGUGGGAGGUAUAAAACUUUUGUGACUGGAAGACUGAUUUGGUGCGGGAGACUGGCGUUUGGCGGAUAUCAUAUCAUAGAGAGCGCAUCGGAUUUCAGCGAAGGGGCUUCUGCCGCUAGCGCAUGGUCUGCUGGAGGGUGGGUCGGGGCAGAUCGAUCAAAAGGAUGCUUCUUUGACUGCGGGUGGACUUUUUUUGCGGAUUUCUUCUCUACCUGCCUACGAUUUUGGGGCAAUGGGAUUCUGGGAAUGGGAUCGCACAGUUUACGAGCUAAGCUAAGGGAUCACCGUCCGAAUGACAGAGAUAAUUCACAGUCUAUCAGGAUAAACUGGGUCUCGAUGAGUGAUUGUAUUUGUG